CAUUUGCUACAGACACACGUAUUUGGUGGAACUCAAAACUCGUGUGUGUGUGUGUGAAUCUGUAUACGUUUUCAUCGUUCUCACUUGAAUUUUUUGAUUUUCAAGCUGGUCUUUGACGAUUUUUUGUUUUUCCAAAAAUUUUCGUCCAUUUUAUAGUUUGUUCAAUUUAUUAAAUAAUUAUACCAGCUUUAGUUGAGUGAUAUAUAGUUGUCGGCAAAUUAAUUGCUAUGGCUGCAAAAAUGAAGAUUAUUGUAAAAACACUUCAACAAGAAACGUUCGAUGUUGAAAUGGAUGAAAAUGAUACGAUACGAAAAUUAAAGGAAAAAAUUCAACAAGUAAAAGGUUCGGAAUAUAAAGCCGAUUGGCUAAAACUUAUUUAUGCCGGUAAAGUAUUGUUAGAUGAUUCGAUCGUAAAAGAUUGUAAAUUUGAAGAAACAAGAUUUGUUGUCGUCAUGGUUGUCAAACCAAAACAAGCUCAGCAAUCAACAAAAACUGAAACUUCUGAAACAAGUUCAUCAUCAAAAUCUGAUUCAACAACUCCAAAAGUUGUCGAUGAUGGUGGAAAAGCUAAAGAAAUCAAAAAAGAAUCAGAAAAACCUGAAACUUCCUCUGCAAGAACAACAACUACUACUACAUCAACAACUAAAGAAAGUACAGGUUCAGAAUCGAGUGGAGCAUUGCCGAAUAUAAAUAUUUCAGAAUCAACUGUUGUUGUUGGAGAAGAUUAUGAACGUAUGGUAACACAAAUUAUGGAAAUGGGCUAUGAUCGUAGUUCAGUGGAACGUGCACUUCGUGCCAGUUUUAAUAAUCCUGAUCGUGCGGUCGAAUAUUUGAUAUCGGGUAUUCCUGAUUUUGAUUCCGCUCCAUUAGCUACAUCACCAUCAGAGCAAAGUUCACGUUCAGAAUUAUCCGAUACCGGUUCUGAUUCGAAUCCAUUCGAAUUUUUACGUAAUCAGCCAAUGUUUCGUACGAUGAGACAAACGGUUCAAAGUAAUCCACAUCUAUUGAAUAGUAUGAUACAACAGAUAAGCCAAAAUAAUCCUCGUUUAUUGGAAUUGAUUAGCCAAAAUCAGGAAGCCUUUUUACAGAUGUUGAAUGAACCAAUUGAACCAUCGGCUCCACAAACUACUGGUUCCGGUGUUUCUGCUGCCGCUGCUGCUGCUGUCGAAAGUGCUCCAGAGCAUCCAAAUCCAGCUGAACAAUCAAAUCUGAUGAAUCUUAUUGGUACCGCUCAUAUGACCCAACAGGAUAAAGAAGCUAUCGAUAGACUCAAAGCAUUAGGUUUUCCAGAAUAUCUCGUUAUACAAGCGUAUUUCGCCUGUGAUAAAAAUGAAAAUAUGGCGGCAAAUUUUUUAUUAUCACAAGGAAAUGACGAUUAAUAAUUUGGUGCCGGCUAUAAUAUGAAAUUUGGAAUUUUCUUAGUAAAAAUAAAAGAUCGAAUGUCUCGACAACUUUUUCUCUUUUCAUACACUUCUUUUUAUGAUUUUUUUUUUGUUUCAAUUAA